AUGAAGGAGUUCAAAUGGCAUUUAUUCCAUUUACAGUUUUGGUUCCUUCUCCUCUCGAUAUUCUACUCAAUCCUCACCACCCCUAUCCAUUUUUUCCCUGCCCAAGUUCGUUGUUCCAUUGGAUUCCUUCGUGAGAGAGGAGUCGGUCCUCUAUUCCAAGUCAUCGUUGUCCAUUUCGUCUAUGCUGGAAUCGUGUCUGCAGUCGUCCUCCUCUUCGAAAAUCGACAUAGACAUCUGGCGCCGACGACUGAUUUCUCUUAUAGAAUCCAUAAAAGUCCUCGGAUUCUCUUGGGAAUUUUGAACUUCUCAGUGGGGAUAACCAACACGAUUCCAGUGGUUUUACAAGAAGAGACACAGGAGUUUCUAAAAUUGAAAUAUCUAGCAGUGUUGCCGUGUCCAAUGGAUUUAUAUUUCGACGUUUGCUCAUUUGCUCAAUCGAAAAGAAUCACUGGAUGGAGCCUUUUGGCAUACUCGACUAAUGUUUUGGUCACUGUGGAAAUCGCAUUUUUCAUCACUCAUUGCUUUUUUUGUCUUCGAAAAAGUCAGUUGGUUGACACUUUCUCUGUGAGAACGAAACGCCUGCAAGUCGCUUUUUUCAAGGCUGCAAUUGCUCAAGUUGCUGCUCCGUUGGUUGUACUUUUUCUUCCAUUUAUCAUGCUUUUUUAUCUUUUGGCGAUGUCAGCUAAUUUGCAAGGCCUAAUCAACAUCUGUGUCCUAUUCAUCCCAGCGAACAGUGCCUUCUCUACAAUUUCCCUUCUUUACUUCAAUGCAGCGUACCGUAAAUUCAUAAAAGGACUCAUUCAAGUGCCUGCGUUGAUGGAAAUCUCAAAUAAUCGGGUGGCAGUUGCAUCAAGUGUCUGA